CAAAAAAAAUAUAGCCUGUUUUAGUAAACCUAUUUAUACAAAUAGCUGAGUAGUUUUAGCUUCAGGACCCACCUGAAAAUAUCAUAGCAAUGAAACAAGAAACAAACAUUUCAUCCACAUAAGACUAGAGCAACAGAGAACCUCACAAUCCCAAACAUAUCCAAAUUGUUUGGAGAUCAACAACACAGCUCCAAGGCUACAACAACAACAAUUAAACAACCAAGAAACAGCAGAAACAGCAGCAGUGUACCAGCAUGGCUUUACAGACCUGCGUCCAAUUGAGCACCAUUCUCAGUUCCACAACCCCAAACACAAAACACAUCCACCCUUUUCAGCAGAAAACCAAACCUUCAUCAAACAAGAACAUUACCAUUUCCAAUUUCCCUACUCAGUUAUCAUUGUCACAAGUCAGCAACUUUAAGACCCGCUUCCAGUUCACCUGCCAAGCGAAGAAUGUAGUGGAUGAAGUUGUGGUGGUCACUAAUGAGAGCUGGGACAAGAUGGUGAACACGAGCGAGAGUCCAGUCUUGGUGGAGUUCUGGGCACCAUGGUGUGGACCAUGCAAGAUGAUAGCACCUGUGAUUGAUGAACUAGCAAAGGAGUUUGCUGGGAAGCUCACUUGCUGCAAGGUCAACACUGAUGACUGCCCAAAUAUUGCAACAAAGUUGGGAAUACGAAGCAUACCGACAGUUCUAAUCUUCAAGAAUGGCGAGAGGAAAGAGAGCAUUGUUGGUGCUGUUCCUAAGAGUAGCUUGUGCACAACCUUGGAGAAGUAUUUGGAUACUUAGAAGAAAACUGCAGAAAAAAAUUAUCUGUAAAACAACUCACUUGUCGAAUCAAAAACUAUAUUCAUCUUCA